AUGACUGUCGCAGACGGGACGCUGCGAACGUUCUGGAUUCGGCCCUGCGGGGCCGAGGCGGACGUCAACGUGUUCGUUGAGGGAGGCGAGUGUGAAGGAGAGGAGCCGCAGCUCAAAGUUCAGGUCGGCGACGUCGUAUCGUACGACAAGGUGCUGUCCGAGAUCGCAGCGUGCCUCCGCGCGGACGUGAAGGGCCUCGAGCUGUUCCAGAAGGCGCCGUCCGCUGUCAGGCCUGGGCAGGGAGAGAGCUUCUUCUUGGCCCCGAAGAAGUGGAAGAGCUACUGUGCGUCGUUCGUGCUUGACGAGGAGCCUGACAAGAAGGCAGACGCCAACCUGUGGGCGCAAUACGCGGGAUGGACGCGCCACAAGGACGAUCGGGCUGGCUUGGAGGACGAGGCCCAACUGCCCGUCAUUUUCGUGCGCGUGAAAGAGCGGAACGGAGGCGCCAGGACGGGCUCCCAGGAGGCGGGCGCCGCGGGGGGGUCGCCAUCGAGUGGACCGAGGAGUGUGUUCGGCGCGGACGGCGUCGCGCUUCCUCAGGCCCGCGGCCGGGUGGUGUUCAGUGUAGCGCAGGCUGCGGUCAAGGACGUCGUCGAGAACUGCUUCGUGAGGGAGGUCGGGAAGUGCGAGCACUGCCAGGGCGUCGCGACGCCCGACUGGGACAAGUGCGAUUGCCUGAAGGUGCUUCCCACGGCGAUGCAGCCGGAGCCGCUGGUGGAGAACGCGUACGUGCGCGUGUUCGUGGCGGUGCAGCAGCUGGAGGACAAGACACCUGGCUGGGGCGGGAGCAACCGGCGGGGCAUCCACGUCAGUGAGGUCUCUGGUCUGCUGAAGAGCGUCCAGAACAACUACCACACGCGCCUCUUCAGGGGCAAGCCGCGCGAGGAGCGCGCUCAGUUGGAGGUGACGUGGCCGUACGGGCCCGUCGUGCACGGGGGGGUUCUCGAUGUCGCCAAGAAGCUGGGCGUGGAAGUCGCUGAGGACCGCCUGCCGGCUGCGCUCCCGCUGGAGCAGGCGGCGGACUUGGUCGCAGCGCUAUGGGGGUUCGACGGCGCAGCCCUGCGGGCCGCUCACGCGGAUCUCGACGCACUGGUCUGCAAGCGCCCGCGUUACAACCCCACGGCGCGCCCGGUGGAGGACCCGCGCCUGUGGCAGAACUGGCCCGACAGAGCGCCGGGGCACAAACUUCCGCAGGUCGUGGCGGCGUUCCUCGCGCUCUGGGACGAGUGGAAGCACUUCUGGUCUGCUCAGAAGUUUCCCGUGCCCAGGAACCACAACCGGGGGAAGUGGAAGGCGUGGCUGAGGGCGCUGGACGCGGGGCGCAGCGACGACAUCAGCGGCAGCUGGCGCCACGCUUCGCGGUGGUGGGCCUGCGAGGCGUGGGUGCGUGACGGGCACGAUGCGGUGCCCGAGGUGCCCGGCACGCAGGAGGCGCGGCCGGCUACGUCUGCGGGGGCAGCGCCGGCGGAGGAGGACGACGAGGAGGAGGAGGAGGAGGAGGCCGACGAGCUGGACAGGAUCGAGCCGACGGAGGUCCUCGAGGGCGACACUCCCCUCUGCGCGUGCGCAAAGAGGAAUGGCCUGCCGCAGAUCAAGGAGCGCAAGAAUCCGGGCCCCCUGUGGUGCUGGCACGGCGCGGACGUAGCCGUGGGGGACGUCCCCGGCGAGUUCAAGCAGCAGGCGAAAGUGGGCGACACCUGCACACGGGGCCGCGUGGAUCCUCGCGUGGAGACGUCUGCGGAGGGUCUCCUGGCGGCUGCCGGGCCGCCCCCCCCGCGCCGCGGGAAGCGCAAGGCCCGGGCGCCGGCGCUCGCGCAGGUCGACUCGAACAGGGGCGCCGGUUCGGGCGCACGCCCCGGCACGCGGGCGCGCACCGCGGGGUCGUAG